AUGGAAGGAAAUAACUCCCUAGCUGCAGAUCUCAGCGGAACAGACCUGUCGAGCCUGUUUCCGCUAAUCGAUAGAGCGAACGUACACGGGCUCAACCUGGCAAUACCAGAGCAAGCCAAAGCUGUUAUAAAGCCAUGGAGUGAGCGUGAGGAUACCACUGUAUAUGCAGAUUCCGGUGUAGACGACCAAAUGAUCAUACAUGUGCCCUUCGCACAGAACGUGCGCGUUAAGUCUAUUAUACUCAAAUUAGGCAGAGGUGAAACUACACCCCGCCACCUCAGGGUCUACGCGAAUUACCCCAAUAUCAUCGAUUUCAGUGACGCUGAAAGCAUACAACCGCAUUUAAACAUUAGUCUCUUGGAGGGUGAGACGGCAGUGGUUGAAUAUCCUCUGAAAGUUGCAGCGUUUUCCAGCGUUCAUUCGUUAAGCUUGUACUUUCGUGAGUCGGUUGGAGGAGAGCUUUCUCGUGUUUACUACCUUGGAUUUAAAGGGGAUGUGCGGACUCUGCGGAAAGAGGGAACAAAUAAGUUAGAGGUGGCUGCUGCGGAUGCGGCUGAUGCACCCCUUGUAGAUCGUCUUGCACAGAAGACAGGAGGGCAACAGACUACUGCACGGUGA